UGUCCCUAAUGAUGCAAACAAUAAUGAUUAGAAUGUCAUUGCAUUUUCUUUCAGCAUUGCUUGGUGUCCUUACUAUUCUGGUUUUGAUACAAGCUCAGGAUCAAUCAGGAUUCAUUAGCUUGGAUUGUGGUCUACCUGAAGAUGUGAGCUAUUCUGCAUUGAAGACAGGCAUAAAUUACAUUUCAGAUUCCAAAUUUAUAGAUACUGGUGUAAGUAAAAGGUUAGGCAAUUCUGAAAAGCUUAGUGAAAAGCUACUAGAAUAUGUGAGGAGCUUUCCUAGUGGGGUGAGAAAUUGUUACAGAAUAAAUGUAACAAGUGGUACUAAAUAUUUAAUCAGAGCUACUUUCUAUUAUGGAAACUAUGAUAAUCUAAAUCAGCCACCACAAUUUGAUCUUCAUCUUGGAGCUAAUGUGUGGGAUACAGUGAAGUUCACAAAUUUAUCAGUCAUUAAAACCAGUGAGAUGAUUUACACUCCAUCACUAGAUUACAUACAACUAUGUCUUGUUAACACUGGCAAAGGGACACCAUUCAUUUCAGCUAUAGAAUUGAGAACUUUAAACAAUGAUACUUAUGUCACGCGCUCAGCUGAAUCAGUAUUAUUAGAAUUCUUACGAUUGGGUUUAAGUCCCAAUUCCAUCACAAACUUAGAAUACAGGUACAAAGAUGAUGUUUACGAUCGCCUCUGGUUUACUUUUCAACCACAUGCUAUGAAACAAUUAAGCGCGUCACUUAACAAUGAUGGUCUAUUACUUGAAAAUAAUUAUAAACCACCAGCAAUUGUGAUGAGCACUGCUGCUACACCAGUAAAUGUCAGUGCCCCUUUAGAAUUAGAAUGGGAAGCAGAUAAUGUAAAUGACCAAUACUACCUCUACCUGCACUUUAAUGAGGUAGAAGAGUUAGCAGCAAAUGAAACUAGAGCUUUCAAUAUCACAAUAAAUGGAGAGUUUUUGUAUGGACCUAUGACACCUAGAUACCGGUCAGCAGAUACCAUAUUAACUACAACACCUUUAACCGGAGCAGCAAGGUAUCAAGUUUCCCUUUCUAAGACAAAGAAUUCAACACUUCCACCCAUCCUCAAUGCUAUUGAGGUUUAUAAAGUAAAAGACUUCUCACAAUCAGAAACUCAACAGGAUGAUGUUGAUGCUAUAAAAAAUAUCAAGAAUGCUUAUGGGGUGGCUAGAAAUUGGCAAGGAGAUCCAUGUGGUCCUUUGAAGUAUAUGUGGGAAGGCCUAAACUGUAGUAUUGAUGGCUAUGAUCCCCCUAGAAUCACAUCUUUGAAUUUGUCUUCAAGUGGAUUGAUAGGGCAAAUAGAAUCUUCCAUAUCAAAGCUCACUAUGUUACAGUACUUGGAUUUAUCAAACAAUAGCUUAAAUGGUCCCUUACCUGAUUUUCUGAUACAACUGCAUUCACUAAAAGUCUUAAAUGUAGGGAAGAACAAACUUACCGGGUUAGUUCCAAGUGGACUGCUUGAGAGAUCAAAAACUAAAUCACUGUCACUUAGCAUGGAUGAUAACUCUGGUCUUUGUACGACGAAAUCCUGCAGAAAGAAGAGUUCGCAUGUACCACUGAUUGCUUCGAUUUCAGCAAUAAUUGUUGCAAUCCUCUUGAUUUCUCUUGGAUUUUGGAUAUUCAGAAGACAUAAAGGUAUUUUAAUUAUGAUAUCAAUUUUUACUUUUUUUCUUCCUUGUCCAUGUUCUUAUUCACAUUCUUGCAUAUCUUUUAUCACUACUGCAGUUACGUCUACAAAUUCUAUGAAAAGAGGUUCACUGAUACCAAAACAGCAUGCAUUCAGUUACACUGAAAUUCUCAAUAUUACUGAUAACUUCAAAACUAUUAUUGGAGAAGGAGGAUUUGGAGAAGUUUACUUUGGCACGCUACAAAAUCAAACUCAAGUCGCUGUUAAGAGGCUUUCACCAUCAUCAGUGCAAGGUUACAAGGAAUUUCAAUCAGAGGCACAACUUCUAAUGAUUGUUCAUCAUAGAAAUUUGGUCCCUCUCAUUGGAUAUUGUGAUGAAGAUGAAAUCAAAGCAUUGCUUUAUGAAUACAUGGCCAAUGGAAAUCUCCACCAACACUUGUUAGUGGAAAAUACAAAUAUCUUAAAAUGGAAUGAGAGACUUAACAUUGCAGUUGAUGCCGCAAACGGAUUGGAUUAUCUGCACAAUGGAUGUAAACCACCUAUUAUUCAUAGAGACUUGAAACCUUCAAACAUAUUACUAGAUGAAAACAUGCAUGCCAAGAUUGCUGAUUUUGGUAUAAGUAGAACUUUUGUUAAUGAUAUUGAUUCUCAUAUAUCCACCUGCCCUGCCGGUACAUUUGGUUACGUUGAUCCUGAAGUUCAGAGAACAGGAAACACAAAUAAAAAGAAUGAUGUGUACAGCUUUGGAAUAGUUCUAUUUGUGUUGAUCACCGGUCGUCAAGCAAUAGUAAGAGCAGGUGGAGAAAACAUUAACAUACUUGAAUGGGUUAUUCCCAUAAUUGAAAGAGGAGAUAUUCAAAAUGUUGUUGAUCCAAAGUUGGAGGGUGAAUUUAGCAUCAAUUCAGCAUGGAAAGUUGUAGAGAUUGCUAUGUCAUGCAUUUCGCCAAAUGCAGUUGAAAGACCAGACAUGAGCCUAAUAUUAGCAGAGUUAAAAGAAUGUCUAUCUUUGGAUAUGGUUCAGAGAAACUAUGGAAACACAAGAGCUAUAGAUGAAUUGGUUUCUUUUGCUACUGUAUCUGAAACCGCUUUAUUAGCCAGAUAACCACCAUUUAUAAUGAUAUGUUUAUCCUGUAUAGGAAUAAAAGAAUUAGUGUGUCAACUACUAUUGUAUGAGUGAUGCUUAUGGAAUCUCUAUUUUUUUCCUAAGCUAUCAGAAAGAAUAAUUUGCAUGAAAAAAUAAAUAAAUUGCUUAGUGCACUUGCUCUUUGAAAA